GGCUGGGUGGGUUUGUUUUGACAGCUUAAACCCAAGAUUGGGUAACAAAAUCCAGAGAGUAGUAAGAUGCUUUCCAGUCUUCAAACUGUUCUGCAGAGUGUGCCUGUUCCAAAGAAUCAAGCUUUCAGCAUCAUCUCUUAAAAGUUUGUAAACUGGAUUCGUUUAGAAAUUAAAUACACAAGGUAGUGCCUCUCCAUUCCAUGUAUAGAGGUCAACUGGACCGACAUUUUGAAUCUUACUUCAGCAUGAGUGACAGGAAAAAAAACCUCCACUGCACCUGAGGCAAAGGUUCUUUGGUAGGUGGAAAACAGUAGAAGAGAGAAACUAAAUAGUGGCUAGAGGGUCGGACUGAGGGUCGGGAAAUCUGGAUUCUAGUCUGUAAUUGGCCAUGGAAACCCACUGGGUGACUUUGGGGAACAAGAUGGAGUCUUCUGCAACACCUUUUGAUAUAACUACCUCACCAUACAAUUAUGAUGAUGGUGCAGAACCAUGUGAAAGUGUCACUGUCAAAAAAUUUACUUCUCAUUUCGUGCCAACGCUUUACUCUUUUGUGCUGAUAUUUGGACUGCUGGGCAACGCACUGGUUGUGAUGAUCCUCAUCCUCUACAAGAAACUAAAGAGCAUGACUGAUAUCUACCUACUCAAUUUAGCAAUCUCAGACUUGCUUUUCAUUUUCUCACUCCCAUUUUGGGCGUAUUCUGCAGCAGACGAGUGGGUUUUUGGAGAGCCAAUGUGCAAAAUUCUCUCUGGAACCUAUCUGGCAGGCUUCUACAGUGGAAGUUUUUUCAUAAUUCUUUUGACCAUUGACCGGUACCUGGCAAUAGUUCAUGCAGUGUUUGCAUUAAAAGCCAGGACGGUGGCCUAUGGUAUCCUCACAAGUCUCAUCACAUGGGGCAUGGCAUUGUUAGCCUCUGUGCCAGAGUUAAUGUUUCAAAAAUUACAAAUUCAGAACAAUCACUCAACUUGCACUCUAUAUUUCUCUCCUGAAAGUCAUGUCACAUGGAACCAGCUUUUGACGCUGGAAAGGAACCUCAUAGGCCUGAUCUUUCCAAUGAUUGUUAUGAGCUUCUGCUAUGCACAGAUCAUAAUGACCUUGAUGAGAUGCAGGAAUUAUAAAAAGAACAAAGCAGUGAAGCUAAUUUUUAUCAUCAUGAUAGUUUAUUUCAUCUUUUGGGCCCCGUAUAACAUUGCUCUUUUGCUCCAGACAUUUCAAGCAUCAUUUUCCCUCAACAAUUGUACAGAUCUAAGUAACUUGACUAUCGCAAUGGAAGUGACAGAAACAUUAGCAAUGGCCCAUUGUUGUGUCAACCCUGUGAUAUAUGCUUUUGCUGGUGAGAAAUUCAGAAAAUAUGUUAAUAGCUUUUUCCGAAAGCAUGUUGCUCUCAGUCUCUCAAAACACUGCCGAUUUUUGUAUGCGGAGCCUUUUGAACGUGCUAGUUCCACAUACUCACAUUCUACUGGGGAACAAGACAUUUCAGCUGUGUUGUAAAAGAUUCCAGAGAGAAGUAAAACUGACUUGUGUGAGUGCAACUUUCCAGACUCUCUUGCAUAUCAGGCUCUAAGGAAGGCUAUCAAAGGAUUGAAUCACUUGAGACAAAGCAGAUUUUGGGGCUCCAUCACACCUACUUUUUUAUCCAGUUUUCAUCCACAGUUUCCCCCUCUGUUUCCUUAGCGAGUUGAGCGCUGAGCACUUUCACUUCUGUGCACUGUUGUGCUUUUUCAGCUCAUGUAUCUUUUCACCUGGAGAGAUACUAUGCCGGUGAAAUCUCAAGCUUUCCCCUUGGGAAACGUUUACAGGGGAGGAGGAGUGAAGGUUUGUUUUGCUAGUUUCAAAGGGUGGGCAAAUGUACAAUUGUUUAAUUUUUUUUUUGUAAAGAUGGUCAGGUCCCCUCCUUUGCUCCAAGGUAACCAAAAUGCUUACAUCUGGGUUAAGUUUUAAAUAUAAAGAGAUCAAACUUGGCAUGGUGAUAGCCCUUAAGGAAGGCUUUAGCAAUCCCAAGUUUGAAUCAGAUUGGUUCAUUGAUUUUAAGGAAUUUUUAAAUGGAAAUUUAGAAAAAUGCUUACAUCUGCAUAAUUUUUAAAGAUAAAGAGAUCAAAAUUGGAACAGUAAUAUCUCUUAAGGAGGGCUUUCAGCAUGCCAAGUUUGAAUCAGAUUGGUUCAUUCCUUGAUUCUUUAUGCAUUUUUUAAUUCCCCCCCACUUAAACCCAUUUUCCUGGUAAUCUACAAAUGAGGAUUGAUCUUCCUUUCCUUUGAUCAUGUGAAGCUGUGCAUCUCCAAGUUCAUAAACUACAGAUCUGCUGGUUCCCUUACUCCAGAGUAAAUCCCAUUGAUUUCAACUGCAUUAACAUCCAAAUCAUUCUAAAAUCACAUGCAUGCUUACCUGUUCCUUUUUCUUCCCUAAGUAUACUGAAUGCCCUGUCCCCCUGAUCUAAAAGAGCAUUUUCUGCACUGACAUGCAUUAUGCUAUAAGGUCAGAGGCAGAGCUGAUUGACUGAAUUCAAGCCAAUUUAAAGGGGUGGUGGUGUCCAAUUUAAGUCACUGAUUUAAAGCUUCACAUAAGACGCAUCAUGAACUCCACCAAUCACAGCUCAGCACUCCCCAUUAAGAAUGUUCUACUGGAUAUUUUCUGGCACCAGCCUCCUUAUCAGGACAGUGGUAAUGUCAUAUGAUUUGUUAGAAAAGUGGUCUGUGCACUCUACAGUGAUUUUUAAGGCAGGACAAAAAGGCUGUUUGAGAAUAUCAGUGAAGUCUUUGGCAAGGGGCAGAAAGAAAAGAAAUGGGUACACUUGAUCAAGGUUUGGGGUUCUAGGGGAGCCUGGACUAACUUUACUUUUCACAGUAUUGUGAGUCUCCUUUUAUAUCAGUUAACAUAACAGUUUUGCAUGCUUUGAAUUUGGAACUACCCAAGUUUUUUUUUUAGAAUGGUACAUUUUGUGUCUGAUUACACAUUUUAACAAGUGACCAACAUAUCCACUUGCCACACAGAGCCUGGAUAAGGCCUUUCACAUUGAAUAUUAACUUGUAGAAACAGGGCCCAACACCUGGCUACAUUCCAGUAGUAAGGCAUUCCAGUGUGCUAUAUUUUAACACAAAUGUAAUCCAGGAAUAAAAGCUUGUUUUGUACUACAGUA